GGCAGCAGCACAGUCGCACACACCCACUUUUUUCCAAAAAUACUUUCAACUGUGUUCAACCCUCCUGGCGAGUUGCCCAGAGCUGCAGCUGCUCGGUAUAACAUGGCCAAGUCGAGUGAUCUGAAAAUCUUCCUGGAGUCUUCUCUGAAUGAGAUCUUUAAAGCCACAGUGAGCGACAUCCUGGAUUCAGUGGACCGGACCCUGUCCGAGUACCAGGGCACAAUACAGAGGAUCGAGUAUGAAAACGAGGGCCUGAAGCAGCUGCUGUUAGCACAGAAAAGCACCGACUCUGCUGCCAGAGAUAUUUGUGAACAAGAUGUCACUGAACAUUUUCCGACUUCAGAAUGGAACAAUCGUCCCGUCAGCUCCACGCAGGGCACGUUCAAGAUGUCCAUAUGCAGCAGUGACAAGAAGAGCUUCAGGAGGAAGCAGAAAGACAAGAUGAGGGAGAGCAUAUCCUCGCCCUCCUUUUUACUGCAGACUGAUCAUACGGUAGAAAGACGAUGUGUAAGCACAGCAGAGGUAGGUGUGGCCACACAAAACUUGAUAUCUGUAAAAACAGAGCCUGGCCUGGAUGAAAGCGGUGCUAUUGACCUCUCCCAGCCUUCUUCCCUUCUCAAUCUGACAAGGAAGCCAAUGAAAAACGAGAGCACAGAGGUCAGUUCUGACAGUCACGAUGCACAUGCGCCUCUGCCGCCAUCUACAGGCCUCGAACAAGACUCGAGAGGCAGCGACAGUGAAGUUAAAGUCACCGUUGUUUCUGACACUUACAUGCAGGAUGGACAGUUCAUUAAGACAGAGGAAGAGGAGCAGAAUGGGGUGUUGCAGUACGGUGACGAUGAUGAUUUCUUGUUGAAGCACGCGUUGAGAUAUAACUCUGAAUCAGAAAUAGAUCCUCAGGCGACGAGCACACAGGUUGUGGAGCCGGAAGUAAAGGAAAACGCUGCAGUUCUCCCAGACACAUUUUUGGAGGUUCGUGACAACUUUUUGCGCUGUCCCACCUGUCCCAAAACAUUUAGUCGAGCAGCCUCGCUCAACAUCCACAUCAAGACGCACAGCGCUGAGAAGGCUCACAGCUGCAGCUACUGCGGCAAACGCUUUGGCCGGGCCGAUCUCCUCAAGUCCCACAAGCGUACCCACACAGGAGAAAGACCCUACUGCUGCAACACCUGCAGCAAGACAUACGCCCAUCCCAGUCAGCUCAGGAUACACAAACGCGUGCACACUGGAGAGAAGCCGUAUUCCUGCUCGCACUGCGGGAAGCGCUUCAACGAGCACAACCAGCUCAAAGUCCACUUGCGGACUCACACCGGGGAGAGGCCUUACAGCUGCCAGGAGUGCGGCAAAACCUUCAGCAACGCGGGCAACCUUCGCAUACACGAGAGGAUCCACACGGGAGAGAAGCCAUACUGCUGCGCUCAGUGCGGGAAGCGGUUCAACGGCUUGGGCGACCUCAAAACACACUACAGGAUUCACACCGGAGAGAGGCCCUACAGCUGCGAGCUAUGUAAGAAGACCUUCAGCCAGGCGGGCCACCUCACCAUACACAUGCGCAUGCACACGGGAGAAAGGCCGUACAGCUGCAAAGAGUGCGGCAAGAAGUUCACGGUGGCCAGUAGCCUUAAACUGCACCAGAGGACUCACACAGGAGAGAAGGAGUACAGCUGCUCGUACUGCAGCAAGAGCUUCAGCAGGUCGGGUCACCUGAAGAGACACGAACUGGUCCACACCAAAGAGAAGGUCUUCCUCUGCAGCCAGUGCGGGAAGACCUACACCGACCAGUCGUCCCUUAAGAAGCACCUGAAGAUGCACGCGGCCAAGGAGCAGAAGGCUCAGAGCGAGGGAAGCACCAGCGAUGCGGAAACGAACCGACCGUCGGCCUCGGAGACGCUUUCAGACACUGAUAGAAAUUAGAAACCAAAUUCUUAGAAGAUUACUAAUAUAGAAGCUGAGAAUGAAUGCUGUAUGUGAUUUUACAAACUAAUCUUAGAUCAAGAUCAAUUUACUCGCUUUUCCUGAAACGCACCUCACGGCCUACAUCAGCGGAGUAUUACUGCUAUAGCCGUUGUGUCAAAAAAAAGCCUUUUGUUCCAAACUGAACCUCCUCUCUGGUACAUUUUUUAAAAAUAAAACACAGCGCAGCCGCCUGUGCUGUUUUAAUGCAGGGCUGUGGUUGAGAGCUCCAGGAAAAGCUAUUAAGUGGAGCUUGAGUGAAGAUUUCUGUCUAACUGCUGUUCCUGAGAUCAAAUAUGUCACGCUUAAAAAAAAUGUAUGAUGUGAUGUUUGUGGUACAGUGCAAUACACUGUUGUCUAAUAUUUGCUGUGAUGUAGUAGCGCCAAAUAUUUAGCAAUACCUUUUAAUGAUUGAAUGAUUGUUUUUAUUUGAAUAGAUAAACUCUCUUUGUGAGGCAGAUAAUGGGACCCUAAAAGAACUGUUGUUCUUUAAAACAUUCUGUGUGUUUACCAAAAUGUUGGUAAUACAAUUUUGAAAUGCUUUAAAUGAGAAGUUAUU